AUGUCUUAUCCAAAUGCAAAGAUUUUAUUUACUCCUUAUAUUUUUAAUAAAAUUCAAAAGAAUAAUCAAUAUAUGGGAACAGUUACAAAAAUGAAUAAAAUUGUGAAACAACGUUCAUUAAAUGAAGAAGAUUAUUUACAAAUGGAUGGAAGAUUUAAAGGAGGAUUUGAUAAUUCUGAUUCGAAACAAAAAAUUAUUUUAAAUACAAAAUCUCUUCGAAAAUGUUAUGAAAAGAAAGCUGAUGAACCUUUUCUACUUGAAUCUAAUAUGAAGAAAUGUCCAUUUGAUCAAUUUGAUGUUUGGUUUAGAAAUAUUUGUGAAAUUGAAGAUUUGACUCAUAACGAGGUUAAUGCUUUUGCUCUCUCUACUGUUAGCUCUGAUUGUAAACCAAGUUGUAGAAUGUUACUUUUAAAGGGAUACAAUGCUGAUGAAGGUUUUGUAUUUUUUACACAUUCUUUGAGUAAAAAAGGUUGUGAAUUGGCAUUAAAUAAGAAUGCUUCAAUGCUUUUUUAUUGGCCAAAAGUUGACAGACAGAUUCGAAUUGAAGGAAUUGUGAAUAUUUUGGAUUCUAAAAUUGCUAAUGAAUAUUGGAUACAGAGACCUAUUGGUUCUAGAAUAGGUUCUAAAUUGAGUGAACAAAGUUAUACUAUUCCAAACAGAGAGUAUUUGGAGGAAAAACAAUACAAAUUAGAAUUACUUUUAAAAAAAGAAGGAGAGGGGGCUAUAACAAGACCGACUGAUUGGCUUGGUUAUUCACUUAAACCAAAUUAUUUUGAAUUUUGGCAAGGCCAGGGGAAUAGAGUUCAUGACCGUAUAGUUUAUGAAUUGAUGAAAAUAAAUAAUGAAAAUACUCAAAAUUGUGCUAAAGAAUUUAAUAAAUGGAAAAUGUCAAGACUUGCACCUUAA